UCGUCUGGCAACACUGCGGGCACCGAGUCGUCUGGCAACACUGAGGGCACCGAGUCGUCUGGCAACACUGAGGGCACCGAGUCGUCUGGCAACACUGAGGGGCACGAGUCGUCUGGCAACACUGAGGGCACCGAGUCGUCUGGCAAGACUGAGGCACCCGAAUCACCAGGCACGACAGUGGGCUCUGACUCAAUUGGCACGACAGCGGGCACCGGGUCAUCAGGUACCGUAUUGUCUGGCUCGACAGCGGGCAUCGGGUCACCAGGCAUCAGGUCAUUUGGCUCGCCAGCGGGCACCGUAGUCAUCUGGCAAGGCAGUGGGCACCGAGUCACCAGGUACGACAGGGGGCUCUGAGUCAAUUGGCACGACAGCGGGCACCGGAUUCAGGUACCGGAUCAUCUGGAUCAACAGCGGGCAUCGAGUCAAUGGCCUAAUAGAUCGUCAGGCUGGAUCAGUUCAUCAUGCUGGAUAGAGGCAUCAGGCUGAAUGCAGGCGUCCGGCCGAGUAGAGGGCUUCAGGCCGAGUAGAGGCUUCAGGCCGAGUAGAGGCUUCAGGCCGAGUAGAGGCAUCAGGCUGCGU